GUGUCCAAUCGGAGGUCCAGCUGGUUGAGUCUGGGGGAGAUGCGAAAACGCCUGGGGAGUCCCUCCGCCUCUCCUGCCGAGCCUCUGGAUUCAACUUUGGGGGCUAUGUCAUGCACUGGCCCACAGUCCCCUUCUUUCCUGUAUCUCUAGCACAUUCAUUCAUCAACAUUAUGGAGUUCUUGUUGCUCUUGUUUUCUUUGGUGGCUUUUUCUAAAGGGGUCUCCUCAGACAUUCAGCUUGUAUCAUCUGGACCAGGAAUAGUGAGACCAGGAGAGAAUCUCAACCUGCUUUGUAAAGUCACAGGUUUCUCCAUCUCUACUCAGUACUAUAAAUGGAAUUGGAUCCGUCAAGCUCCUGGGAAAGGUCUGGAAUGGAUUGCAAGGUACUACCUCUAUGAUGGAAGUAAAGCAUUUGCCCCUUCUCUGAAGAGCCGAGCAACCAUUUCUUCAGAUGCCUCAAAGAAUGAGUUCUUCCUCCAGCUGAACUCCCUGACAGCUGCAGACUCCGCUGUGUAUUUCUGUGCCCGAAGAGACACAAGCCGAGCAAGCAUUUCUUCAGAUGCCUCAAAGAACGAGUUCUCCCUCCAGCUGAACUCCCUGACAGCUGCAGACUCCGCUGUGUAUUUCUGUGCCCGAGAUGACACAGUGAGACAAAGCCUAUUGGGCCCUGUUCAAAAAGUAGAAAUCCUAGUGUAUUACAAAUACACUGUGAAAGUUUUGACAGAGCAAUUCUGCAUUCCACAGAUGAUGCGGAACAACAUCCAAACUGCCUGCCUCUUCAAUCUGUAA